AUGACAAUUCUUGAUGCAUCCAGUGCCAUCAUUGCAUGGUAUGUCCCAGACACCCUGACCAAUGCCACCCAGCUUGAUGACAAUUGGCGAACUAAUCAAGAAUGGUUCAAACCAAGCUCAGAAAAUGAUGUCUUAACUCCUGGAUGCAUCAAUUUGUCUCCAGCAUGGUUUCAACAGGGGCAUGAGAAUCAGUUGGAUCCAGAGGUAUCUGCAUCAUUGAAGGGGGCAUCCUCCAAGAAGAUCCUCAAAGUGAUUGUGAGGCCAGCAGCCAUUGCAACAGCAGCACUCAGGGUGAUGCAUCCCGAGCAGUACUGGGCAGACCAUUUAUCUAUUCCUGAAUGCUUCAACAUUCUCACUACUGUGGGGAAUUAUUCUAAUGCUCAGAUGAGCAUGCCAAGCCUUCAGCUGGAGUUCAGAAGGAUCAUGAGACAUGGGGUUCAUGCAGUGGAAGGGGAUCGGAUUGCUUGGGCAUGGUAUAUGAGGGAUUCCAUUCAUGUUUAUGCCAAGGUUCCAUCGUGUGGAUGGGCUAGGGUGGAUUACAAACAGUGA